AUGAAGGGCUUCUCCAUAAGAUCCCCGGAGGAUUGGGAGCAAAAUGAUAGGAAUGGUGGAUGCGUUAGAAAUACUCCUUUAAAUUGUGGCGCUAACAGGAGUACUGCAGGAAUGACUGAUAAAUUCUACUCCUUGUCCAAUGUGAAAUUGCCUCAGAAUGCUGACAACAUAGGCUCUACUACCAGUGCUAGAGAAUGUGCAGAAGUUUGCCUGAGAAAUUGCUCUUGCACUGCAUAUUCUUGCACCAACAGUCGAUGCUCUAUUUGGCAUGAGGAACUCCUCAAUGUAAAACAACAGCAUGCUGACACUACCGACACAAAUGAUGGUGCAGUUCUUUAUCUUCGCCUUGCUGCAAAAGAGAUACAAACUCAGAAACCUGGCAGAAGAGUGACCACUCAGAUUUUGGCAGUUACCAUUGUCGCUGCCCUAGGGUUACUGGUACUCAUAGUGCUAGUUCUUAUAUUGAUGAUUCGGAAGAACAAUAGGAGUUGGUCUGGUGGUACACUGAUAAAUCCUCAAGACGGUGGAAUUAUUGCAUUUAGAUACACUGAUUUGCUGUGGGCAACAAGAAAUUUCUCGGAGGAGCUAGGUGCCGGCGGCUUUGGUUCUGUGUUCAAGGCAUAUCUGACUGACUCGGUUACAAUGGCAGUGAAAAGGCUUGAUGGUGCUUGCCAAGGAGAAAAACAAUUCAGGGCCGAGGUGACUUCAGUGAGGGUUAUACAACAUAUCAAUUUAGUUAGACUGAUCGGUUUCUGCUGCGAGGGUGAACGAAGGUUGCUUGCAUAUGAGUACAUGCCAAAUUGCUCUCUUGACAUCCAUCUAUUUCAGAACAACAGCACGGUUUUAAACUGGGGUACCAGGUUUAAAAUAGCUCUGGGAGUUGCUAGGGGGCUGGCUUACCUGCAUGAGAGCUGCCAAGACUUGAUCAUACACUGUGAUAUCAAACCACAAAAUAUACUCCUCGAUGAGUCGUUCAUUGCUAAAAUUGCUGACUUUGGUAUGGCCAAGUUAAUAGGGAGGGACUUUAGCUGGGUUCUGACUACAACAAGAGGAACCGUAGGAUACCUUGCACCUGAAUGGAUAAGCGGGGUUGCUAUCACAACAAAAGUUGAUGUUUAUGGCUAUGGGAUGGUGCUAAUGGAAAUCAUAUCAGGAAGACCGAAUUCGCUUGAACUAUACACUGCAGGUGGUGAUUGUGAUGUUUUCUUCCCUGUGCAUGCUGCACAUAUGCUUCUCGAGGGAGAUGUGGCAAGCUUGGUGGAUGAAAAAUUAUCUGGUGAUGUGAAUCUAGAGGAGGCUAAACGGCUAUGCAAGGUUGCUUGUUGGUGCAUUCAGGAUGAUGAGUUUGAUCGGCCGAUAAUGGGAGAAGUUGUUCGUGAAAGUCCUGAAUGCCUCCUCCUGAUGGAUCCCCCUGGCGGCGCUCCUGGCGACGCUCGUGGCGACGCGCCCCCGCCCGCGCUAUGA